AUGAUGGAGGAAGCCUUGAAUAGCUCCUCCAUCACCGCGGAACACCGCGCCCUGAUGGACGUGGUUUUUCAAGCUAUUCGGUCCAUUAACAGCGAACUGAAGGAAGCCUUUGGCGGCCUCCUGACGGGCUUUGAGAAGCUCAAGAGCUCCGAUGAGGAGCUCGACCUUGUCAACAACCGGUUCGACGAAGCGCAAGGGUUAACCCUAAGCAAGGAUUGCUUGACUAUGACUACAGCUGUCGCCGCAGACGUCGUGAACCUCAAGGCUGAGCUUGAGAAGGCGAAGCAGGAGGCCGUUGAACGGAAGGCGGCGACCGAGCGAGCAGCCGCCGAACUGUCGAUAGUGAAGACCGUAAGCGACAAGCACGAGGCCCGAGUGGCCGAGGUGCAGCAGGAGCUCAAGGAUGCCAUCACCAAAUGUGAGGACCUUGAGCAGAAAAAUAAGGGUGAAGCCGCCGAGCUGUCUAAGGUGAACAAGGAAAUCCACGAGGCGAGGUCGGAAAUGCAGGGUGCCCGAGAGGAACUCCGCCAAGUGAAGCUUAUUGCGGAUGGUAAGCCAUACUUACUGCAAAGUGUAUUUGGCGGUCACAGGUUCGCUUUGCUCACGCAGGUGUGGCAUUCCUCAGGCACAUUUGCGGAUCUUCUGAGGAGUGCGGCCGACGCGACGAGGCAUUUCGCAUCUCGGGAGGGCAACGCUGAGCAUAAGCUGUUGUGGGCAUAG